ACACCCAUGUACUUUUUCCUCAGCCACCUCUCCAUAGUCGACCUCUGCUUUACCACCAGUGUUGUCCCCCAGCUGCUGUGGAACCUCCGGGGCCCAGCCAAGACCAUCACGGCCCUGGGCUGUGUGGUCCAGCUCUAUUUGGCCCUGGCCAUGGGUGGUGUUGAGUGUGUCCUGCUGGUGGUAAUGGCUUUUGACCGCUGUGCUGCUGUUUGCAAACCUCUGCACUAUGCCACUGUGAUGAACCCACGGGUGUGCAGGGGUCUGACAGGGGUUGCGUGGAUGUGUGGAAUAGGAAAUGCACUCAUCCUGAGUACUGUCACCGUUCUGCUGCCUCGCUGUGGUAACAAGCGCAUCUAUAAUUUCUUCUGUGAGGUACCGUCAAUGAUUAAGCUUGCCUGUGUGGACGUCCAUGCCAACGAAGUCCAAGUGUUCAUUGCUUCAUUAGUCUUGCUCUAUAUACCCUUAUCAUUUAUAGUGACAUCUUAUGGGUUAAUAGUCAGGGCAGUUGUAAAGAUC